GCGGAGGCGCCAGCGGCGGCAGCGCUGAGGAAAGUGCCGACGCGGAUCGCAAGGCCGCUGGCGCACUCUGAGGCGAAAGAAGAAGAAGACGGCGAGGAAGAAGGAAAAGGAGGAGGAGAGGCGGCGGCUUCGUUCUCUUCCUUCGGCUCCGUCUGAAGGGACCUUGGCUGGAGACGGGCCUCGUCCCUCAACGGCUGCUGCCCGAGACUGCGGCCCUUCCUUCCCUCCCUCCCGAGAACCGGCUUCCCUCUCACAGUCCUUCCCUCCCUUCCCUUGGCUUCCCUUCCUUCCCUUCUGUGGCGCCUCAGGGAAGAAGGUCCCUCGUUCCCUCUGCCUGGCCUCUCCAGCCCCAGAUCGCCUUUCAUGCCCCCUUCCCCUCCCAAAAAAGGGUUCCCUAUUCUCCUCUUAACUGCCCUUUCCAUCCCCAAAUUGCGUUUUGUCUCUCUUUUCUGACACCUCCAAAAUAAGGGUUCCUGAUUCCCUUCUAGCAGCCCUUUCCGUCUCCAAAUCGUCUUCCAGCUGCCUUCCACCUCCAAAGAAAGGGUUCCUAGUUCCCUUUCACAUCAAUGGGAGCAUCCAUUUAACCAUUCCUUCCCGUUGCCCCCUUUCCUCCCACAGAGAAGACCCUUCAUUUCAUAACAACUUCGUUUUGCCCACCUGCUUCCAUCCCUCUAUCCCUUCCUUCCCUCCAAACACACAAACAGGGAGUGCUUAUGGGUUUGUCCCUCUCCUCCGACCCAUCUUUCCUGGCCAAGAGCCAGCCCCACCUGCCUUGCAGGUAUUACUUCCACCCCAUUUCCCUCCCUGUCAACUCAGAUGUGUGCAUCCAGCCUUGAAAAGGGACCAGCGGAGGUGUUUCUUUCCCCUUCUCUCUCUCUCACACACACAAGUGUUGUCUCCAGUACAUUUUUAUUCCCUUCCUCUGCCGGCCGUUGCUUUUUAAAAUGGUCCCUGGACCAUGAUCUCCUCUUGUCCAAACUGGGCUGCUUCUCAUCAAGACGGUUCCGGCUUUUAAAAGGAGGUUUUUAUCCCCCCCCUUUCCUAUAAGCAGCUAUAACCCCCCUUUUUACUUCCCUGCCCAUAAACCUUCCUUUAUACUUUCUAUCUUAUGCUUUGAUUCCUUCAUCUGCCCUUGGAGCACUCCUUAUUCUCCAAACUGAGGAACUGACCCCAUUGGAAGUCCCCUCAGUCCUCUGUUUCGCUCACCUAGCCAUAUCUUUCCUCCAACUCCAAACAGAAGUGUCUGUUCUUCCUUUCUUCAGUGGCCCUUCCUUCCGCUGCCUCCAUCCUUCUUCCUUCAUGGUCCAUACAGGAACCUUCAUUGGACCACCAAGAGCCUGUUCUCCUUUCAUUUUUGCUGGGGGAGGACAGGCCUGGGACCUUGGGAAGCCUUUUCUUUCCAGGUGAGGGGAGCCAUAGAAGGACUGGAGUGAGGGGUGUGUCCAACCCCUAAGUGAUGUCUCUGGAGGGCGCAUGAGAAGGGAAGAAGGAGCUGCACCCCUGACAGACACCAACCCUACUCGCCUAGCCAUGGAGUGUGUGCAGGUUACUCCUGUGCAACAACAACAACAACAAGGGAAAGCCGCUGAGGGGGACCGUCUCUUGUUGUUACUGCCACCUCCUCCUGUGCAAAAGAAAGAGGAGGCCACGCUGCAGGGCUCUGAGUCCUGGGCUGCCUCCCGAGGGGACAGUGGCCAAGCUGACAUGCAGCUUCCAGAUGCUUCAGACUCUUUGGGACAUCCUAAAAAUGCAAACAGCCUUCCCUCCCAGCACAGCCCUGCCACCCUGAGGAUUCCUCUGGGCAGCGAGACGGCGGACUGUUGUACGAAAUGUUCAUCGAAAGCAGAUUUGAAAGAGACUGUGAGCUGCGACGGAGCGCAAGAGCUGUUGAAGGAGACUUUGAGCCACCCGCUGCAGAAAGAGCCACUGGUGCGCGAGGGGCCUUGUAGUAACCCUCCUUCGGUGGCAGAGUCCAUUGCGACUGUCCAAGAAUGCCUUAGGGACAGGGAAAGGUCUUCUCAGCAGAACAACCAUUUGCCAGAAAAAUCGGAUCCCCUUUCUCAGAACUGUUGUUUAAGCUUAGAAGGAACGAGUGCAGACAGUCCAGAGGAUGACCAAGCCAGCCAAGGUUCUCCGCCGGCUGAAGAUGGGAAACUCAAACCUGGGGCAAAACACGUCACAUUUCCUUCUGACGAGGACAUCGUCUCUGGUGCCGUGGAGCCCAAAGAUCCCUGGCGGCAUGCUCAGAAUGUGACUGUGGAAGAAAUCCUUACUGCCUACAAGCAGGCCUGUCAGAAAUUAAACUGCAAGCAGAUACCCAAGCUACUGAAGCAGAUCCAGGAAUUUAAGGACCUAACACCCAGGAUAGAUUGCCUCGAUCUGAAAGGGGAGAAGUUGGAUUACAAGGCUUGUGAGGCCCUGGAAGAGAUAUUUAAGCGCCUCCAGUUCAAAAUAGUAGAUUUGGAGCAAACAAACCUAGAUGAAGAUGGUGCCUCAGCGCUGUUCGAUAUGAUUGAAUACUAUGAGUCAGCCACACACCUCAACAUCUCCUUUAACAAACACAUUGGCACUCGGGGUUGGCAAGCUGCUGCACAUAUGAUGAGGAAGACAAACUGUCUCCAAUACUUGGAUGCCCGCAACACGCCACUCCUGGAUCAUUCUGCACCGUUUGUGGCACGUGCUUUACGUAUCAGCAACAGCCUGGCUGUGCUUCAUCUGGAGAAUGCAAGCCUCUCAGGGCGUCCCCUCAUGUUGCUAGCGACGGCUCUGAAAAUGAACAUGAACUUACGGGAGCUUUACCUGGCUGACAACAAGCUGAACAGCCUUCAGGACUCAGCUCAGCUCGGCAACCUCUUGAAAUUCAAUUGUUACAUUCAGAUCCUGGACCUGAGGAACAACCACAUUCUGGACUCAGGGUUGGCAUACAUCUGCGAGGGACUGAAGGAGCAGCGGAAAGGCCUUGUCACACUGGUGUUGUGGAACAAUCAGCUGACUCACACUGGCAUGGCCUACAUGGGGAUGACACUGCCUCACACCCAGAGCCUAGAGACCCUGAACUUGGGGCACAACCCCAUUGGCAAUGAAGGUGUCCGCAACCUGAAGAAUGGUCUCAUCGGCAACCGCUCAGUACUUAGGUUGGGCUUGGCUUCAACCAAGCUGACCUGUGAGGGGGCUGUGGCGGUGGCAGAGUUCAUUGCGGAGAGUCCUCGUCUGCUUCGACUGGACCUACGGGAGAAUGAGAUCAAGACAGGGGGACUGAUGGCCUUGUCUUUGGCCCUGAAGGUCAAUCACUCAUUGCUGCGGCUGGAUCUCGACAGGGAGCCAAAGAAGGAAUCGGUAAAAAGCUUUAUUGAGACACAGAAAGCCCUCCUGACAGAGAUCCAAAAUGGCUGCAAGCGCAACUUUGUUUUAGCCAAAGAGAAGGAAGAGAAGGAGCAAAAACUCCAGCAGUCUGCCUCCAUGCCAGAAAUCACGGUUACAGAGCCCCUUGAAGAAGGACUGGUGGAAGAUGAGGGGCAGAAUGGGAACCCAGCAUCCACCCCAGAAGAAGGGGAGGAAGUUCGGGAGGCAUUAACGCCCCAAGAGAAUGGGGCAGCAGAUGAGAGAGUUGGAGGAAGCAACGAUGAGUCGUCCGAUUCAGAUUCGGACACUGAUGAAGAGGAGGAGGACAAAUUAGAGAUGAAGGAUCUCUCUAAGUCACAGAAGCACAGCAACCUGAAUCAUGUUGCUGAGUCGCACAAGCUACCUUCCCCUGAAAAGACUAAGGAUGUCCUUAGCUCUGAAAAUGCACUUCCCCCUUUGAACACUGCAGGGGAAAUCAAAUGUGAAUCUAGAGGGGUAGUAGCAAGCUUGCCUCCAACGCCACCCACUCCUCCUGGCAAUGAGAGGCGGAUAGCGGUCUCCAGUCCUGGGCGAGGCCACAAAAUCUUUGUUGUGACUCGUGUGGAGAGUCUGCCUGAGAAGAAGGAUGAGAACCACACACAGGCAGAGAACUCUGUUGCUCUCCAGGGAGUUCCCCCAAAGCAGACUAACCCCCCGGCCCAACCUCAGGCAGCAAAGACUGAAGACUCAGAUAGACAUGGCAGUGAGCCUGCAUCUGAGUUGCGGGCCAGCUCUGAAACAUCUCCUUCCACCCCAAAUUCUGAUUCAGGGGUGGAAAAGAUGGACUCUGGGCCAUGUGAGAGGACGUCUCACCACACUCUGUUGCCUAAUGGACUAAAGAUGGAGUUUGUCCAUGCACUACCAGAUGCAUCCUUAAGGCGUGAGGGCAAAAUUGCCAGUUGUGCUGUAGAACAUGAGCUGAACUGUUCCAAGAAUGAGAAGGAGCUGGAGGAAUUACUUUUGGAAGCGAGCCUAGAGAUGGGGCAGGAACCAAUGUGACACUUUAGUUCUGGACCCUUCUAUGUCAAAUGGGUUCGGUUUGGGAAGAGCCUAUCUAGCUUUACUCCCCCCCUGCACCAUGUGAUUCUGAGGAAAAAAACCUGACUCUGCACUACAGAGGCAAUACAACCCCCCUUCCAGAACUUCAUUCCCAAUUAUGCCCCUCUCUCACCUUCACAUUCUUGAUGUCUUCCCUCUGAGAAGAGAGGCUGUGCAGCCAGGCUGAUCAGGACGCAAAAGAAGUGAGAAGAAAAGUCCUUCCUUGAAUACAAGGAGUGAACUCGUGAUGCCUCCUCUGCUUUCCGUUCCUCUCUGCAAAACUCUAGCCAAGGCACUUGGCAGUGUGUUCCUUCUUGCUGGGAUGUCCCUUCCAAAGGUAGUCACAAGGGAACUUAACUCCCAGACUUUGGUUCAAUGGGCAGGAAUCCUCUUUCCAGUCUAACUGGGAGUUACUUUUUUUGCUUUUUUCAAAAAAAAGAACAAAAGCCCGAGAGGCGAACAGCGCCUGCGUUCUUGUUGUCUGUGCAUUAGACUUGCAACAGUCUCCUGGAAAACAGGACACUUAAAGAGAGAAGGGCAACUCUCCUGCAUCAAGAUGGAAAAACAUUACUGUUUUGCAGCCUUCCCCGUGGAGAAAUGUCUUUCGACCAGGCAAAGACUACUGAGGCUGCCGAUCCACAGCACAGACUACUAUUUAUUUUCAUUUUCAUUCCCUCUUCUUAGUUGCACCUCCUUGUUUGUUCGUCUUUGAUUUGGUGUCUAUUUAUAAUGGAACGGGAACAGUUUUCCUUUGAAUCUGCGAUACCUUCAGACUGACUGGGUCUCCCUUCUGGUUUUCAGAGUCAGCCCCGUGUGGAAAAUUUGCUUCACUUUGCAAAAAAAUAAUAAUGGGAGGGAGGCUGUGGGUGUUGUUGGGGGUUUCUGAUGGGGAAACAGAGAGGGCAGCAGAAGGAGUGGGGUGUGGGUGAGAAGGUGUUGUGCAUCGAUGGAUGACUUUUGCCCACGAGUGAGCUGCUGUGGUUUGAGCCACUCUGACAUCUCUUCAUUUUCAGUGGACACAAAAGAAGAGAAGAAGAAGAAAAAAGGUAAACUUCUUGCACUUCCAAGGAAGAUAUCUCUCCUCCCCUCCCAAAGCCAUACCGUGACAAACUUUUGGACAAUGGGGGAGGAAGUGUCUAUGGGGUAUUCUUCUGUUUCAAAUACAGUAAAACUGAUGGUAAAGCUUCAGUAAGCUAUCCUGGUGGGAGAGGGCAAGGUUGUUUUGGUCUUUGUCCCCCACCCUUGUGAUAAAACUGACUUGAGAAACUUGAGGAUGCUGCUGAUUUGUGAGUAGUUCCAUCUGCCCACUGUCCCUGAACUUAACACUUCUCUUCAGGUUGCAGAGUACCUAUACUUAUACCAGCGGUGAGUGAGAAUGUAGCUCCAGUAACAGGAAGCCAACUCUCCUCUCACCAGGGCUCUUCACUCUUCAAAUUUACUAUUGUCCUAGAACCAGACUGAAUUCCCUCACUAGCAAAACCGCUUUCCCUUCCUUUGGGAAUCAGGGGCAAGGGGGUAGGUGGGAAGGGAAAGAACAUUGCACCCUCAAUUUAAAGCAUGAGUCUUUCUUCCAGUUGUGUUCCUUAUGGGGAGAAGCUCCAAGUUUGGUGCAUCUUCUGGUAGGGUGCUCCUCCUCAGAAGUUCUGUUUUGGUCAGCCUGGUACUUGGAGGACUGAGCUUCUGCCAAAAAAUGUAUGCGAUGUUCUGGGGUGGGGGAAUCCUUUAAUUUCUCAGGGAAGGGCCUUUUGCAGCAACCCCAUCUCCUUGUCAUGUAGCGCUCUUGCCCUCAAGAGAUAAGCCAAAAUACCUAGGACUGUGAGUAGAGAUGAUGGGGCUCACCUGCAUGGUCUCCCCGACUCCCCAACCUGCCUGUUGCUGUGAUGCAUCCAGGCUCAGAGGUCCCAGAAGUUGUUAUAGAAAGCUUGCAAAGUCUAGAUGCAGAUGGCCUCUUGGAUAGUAGCAGAGGCUAAAAUCUUUUCCCCAAAAUUGUGUGGAGGGAAACUUUCUCACCAGGGAGGGAUCAAGGGUGGGAGGGUGAACCGCCUUCUUUCUCACAUGGUUAAGGUCUGCCGUAGCGGAAGGGGUUCAAAAGAAGUGACCAUUCCUUUGGUUUUAGACCUUGGCGACCAGAAGCACAGGUGCUCUUUGGUUUGUUGAAAUCCCCUUCUUUUUCUUCCCCCAAACACCCCGUCACUAUGGCCCAAUCCAAACUCUUAGUUGGUCCAUAACUGACUACUUUGCCCCUCUCCACUGAAGCAAAAUUUAAGGUACAAAUCUUAUCAUUGAAGCAAAAAUGAGGAGGACUCUCUCUUUUUCUCCACGGACAGAGGAAAAGGCCUCUCCCCUGCAAAAAAAGUAGGGGGUGUUGGCUGUUGGGUAGAUGUAGAAUCUAAAAGCUUUUUACUUUAUUAUUAUUAUUUUUUCUUAAGUGCAAUAAAAUCUUUUAUCAGGGAGCUAGAGAGGACACUUUCGCUGCAUGGAGUUUUCAGGCUGGAGAGGCAGAAACACAACUGUGUGCCCUUCAUCUGCUUGUCCAUGAGUCUCUCUUAUACACACACACACAGACACACAAAGUUGAGAUACACAGACACCCUUAUACAAGGAAUUUCUGCUGCGUGAACACUACAUUUACAGAAAAGAUGGCGCCAGUUUGAUUUUGUGUUCUUUUUUCUUUCUUUCUUUCUUUUUUUAGAGCUAAUGUUUGUCAUUCCUUUCUGUUGUGUGUGGAGUUUUAUUUUUGUUGAGAAACUGUCUUCUAUUAAAUGAAAAGCUGCAUUCAU